CUUACUUAUUACAGGAGUCCCCGCUUGACCUGUUCUUCGUCUUCCUUGCAUCCGGAGUACGCGAGAGAACCGGCCAGAGCAAGGCAGAGCCAGGAUACAGAAGCAGUAAAGCUUCCUUUGGUCAGGACUUCAGCUUCAGGGAAUUGCAUGCUCCGAAAUGUCUCCUGCUCUAAAAUUGCUUCUCUUGCCACACCUGCUCCUACUCACAUCGACUGCAUGUUCUCAGGCAUUGCCAUUCAGCAAUGGGACUGAUCUCAAUGCCUUGCUAGCGUUCAAGGCAGGUAUAAACCGCCAUUCAGAUGCACUGGCCUCAUGGAACACAAGCAUUGACUUGUGCAAGUGGCGUGGUGUCAUCUGCAGCUACUGGCAUAAGCAAAGGGUAUCAGCACUGAAUCUCUCCUCGGCUGGUCUUAUUGGCUAUAUAUCCCCUUCCGUUGGGAACCUCACGUACCUGACAAGUUUAGACCUCAGCUACAAUCUACUACACGGUGAAAUCCCACAGACAAUUGGCCAGUUGACCCAAAUGUCAUAUCUUGACUUAUCAAACAAUUCGCUCCAAGGUGAAAUGCCCUGGACAAUCGGCCGGUUAUCACAGUUAACAUACCUAUACCUAUCAAACAAUUCGCUUCAUGGGGAGAUCACACAUGGCCUGAGGAACUGCACUCGCCUUGUCAGUAUCAAACUUGACCUGAACAACCUCAGUCGAGAAAUCCCUGAUUGGCUUGGAGGCUUGUCAAGGAUUGAAACCAUAUCAAUAGGAAAGAACAGCUUCACUGGUAGCAUGCCAUCAUCACUUGGAAACCUUUCAUCACUACUUAGAUUGUACCUCAAUGAGAACCAGCUGAGCGGUCCAAUCCCUGAGAGCCUUGGCAGGCUUGGUAACCUUGAAUCCCUGGCACUGCAAGUAAACCACCUCUCAGGCAACAUCCCGAGAACGCUCUUCAACAUUUCUUCACUCGCCCUCAUUGGUCUGCAAAUGAAUGAACUGCAGGGUACACUGCCCUCCAACAUGGGCAAUGGCCUUCGAAAAAUCCGAUACCUUAUCCUUGCUCUGAACCAUUUCACAGGAAGAAUUCCAGCUUCAAUUGCAAAUGCAACCACAAUUAAAUCCAUGGACCUCUCAGGUAACAACCUCACCGGAAUCGUGCCUCCAGAGAUUGGAACACUCUGCCCAAACUUUCUGAUGCUCAAUGGAAACCAGCUGCAGGCAAACACUGUUCAGGACUGGGGGUUCAUCACUUUGCUGACAAACUGUACAAGCCUUCGUUGGAUCACGUUGCAAAACAAUAGGUUCAGCGGUGAGCUUCCAAGCUCUAUUGCCAACCUAUCUCGGGAACUUGUAGCCCUAGAUAUCAGAUAUAAUGAAAUUUCUGGCAAGAUACCAGUUGGCAUUGGCAGCUUUCCCAAACUAUUCAAGCUAGGGCUCUCUAGCAACCAAUUUACUGGCCCCAUACCAGACAGCAUAGGAAGGUUGAAGAUGCUCCAGUUCUUGACACUAGAGAAUAACUUAAUCUCUGAGAUGAUGCCAUCCACACUUGGGAACUUAACACAGUUGCAGCACCUUUCAGUAGAUAACAAUAUGUUGGAGGGACCUAUUCCCCCAAACAUUGGGAAUCUACAACAGCUUGUCAGUGCAACCUUUUCGAACAAUGCACUUUCAGGUCCAUUACCUGGAGAGAUCUUUAGCCUGUCAUCCUUGUCAUACAUUCUGGAUUUGUCUAGGAAUCAUUUUAGUAGUUCUCUUCCAUCCCAAGUUAGUGGUCUCACAAAGUUAACAUACUUGUACAUCCAUGGGAACAACUUAUCUGGGGUGUUGCCAGCCGGUCUCAGCAAUUGUCAGAGCUUGAUGGAGCUCCGUUUGGAUGGUAACUACUUCAAUGGUGUUAUUCCUUCGUCUAUGAGUAAAAUGAGAGGCUUGGUGCUGCUAAACUUGACCAAAAACAGACUCAUUGGCGCAAUUCCUCAAGAAUUAGGACUCAUGACUGGCCUACAGGAACUGUAUCUUGCACAUAAUAACUUGUCUGCACAUAUCCCUGAGACCUUCGAAAACAUGAAAUCAUUGUACCGGCUAGAGGUAUCCUUUAACCAACUUGAUGGGAAAGUUCCAGAACAUGGUGUGUUCACCAAUUUAACCGGGUUCAUUUUUUACGGGAAUGAUAACCUUUGUGGUGGUAUUCAAGAGUUGCAUUUGCCUCCAUGUCCAACAAAAACAAUGGGACACACUCAAAGGAUAACCCAACUCAUUCGAAAUGUAGUGAUCCCAACUGCUAUUGUCGUCUUUGUAUGCUUCAUGAUGGCACUAGGUUUGUUCUCAUUAAAAAACUUCAAAAAUAAAUUAACACUGACAUCUAUUAGAACAGCAUUGGUAACUCCUUCCUUGAUGGGUGACAUGUACCCUCGAGUUUCUUAUUCCAAGUUGUACCAUGCAACAAAUGGCUUCACAACCAACAAUUUGGUCGGUACAGGACGAUAUGGAUGUGUUUAUAAGGGAAGGAUGAUGCUCAAGAAGUCAGUGAGUACUGUGGCUGUGAAGGUUUUUGACCUUGAACAAUCUGGUUCUUCAGAAAGUUUUGUGGCCGAGUGUAAGGCACUUGGUAAAAUUCGCCACCGUAACUUGAUUGGUGUCAUAACUUGCUGCUCUUGCUCUGACUUUAACCAGAAUGACUUCAAAGCAAUUGUUCUCGAUUUCAUGCCUUAUGGGGGUCUUGAUAAGUGGUUACACCCAGAAAUAUAUGGAUCAAAUCCAGUCAAAAUUCUAACAUUAGUGCAAAGAUUGAGCAUUGCUUCCGACAUUGCUGCUGCUCUAGACUAUUUGCACAACAACUGCCAGCCAGCGAUAGUUCACUGUGACUUCAAGCCCAGUAAUAUUCUUCUUGGGGAGGACAUGGUUGCUCACGUUGGGGACUUUGGCCUUGCUAAGAUUCUCACUGAUCCAGAAGGCAAGCAAUUGAUCAAUUCAAAGAGUUCGAUAGCGGGAACAAUUGGAUAUGUUGCUGCAGAAUACGGUGAAGGUUGUCAAAUUUCUCCGAGUGGGGAUGUCUACAGCUUCGGUAUCGUGCUCCUUGAGAUGUUUACAGGGAAGGGACCUACACAUGGCAUGUUUACCGAUGGAUUGACCUUGCUCGAGUAUGCAAAGAAGGCUUAUCCAGCACAACUAAUGGAAAUUAUUGACCCCCUUCUGCUAUCAGUGGAGAGGAUACAGGGAGAUCUGAAUAGUAUCAUGUACUCCGUCACAAGACUUGCCCUGGCAUGCAGCAGGAAAAGACCAACUGAGAGGUUGUCCAUGAGAGAUGUUGUAGCUGAGAUGCACCGGAUAAUGGCUCGCUAUGCUGCAGAAGCAACUAGUGAGAGUAGUUUUGAGUGAUGGAACAUAGGUAACUUGUGUUUGAAGAGCAUUAGUUUCAUAAGAUAUACUAGCUGCAUAACAUUGCAAAUUAUGUUAAGGAGGGACAUGUCAGUGUUUAUAGAGCAUGCCUUGUGCUUGAGCAUUGUGGGCAGUACUUUCGAACAUUCAAUCAUCAUGUUUCUAUUCUUCAGUAAA